CCGCGGCACGCCGCCUCAUCCUCUCUCACACAAACCGGCUAGCAGCUAGUUAGCUGAUGAUUGACACAGACAGUCAUAAAAACCUGUCCGGGACAUCUUCACCUGACUUUACAAGGUCAGACACAAAGCCUGACGAAGGAGAGCACACCUGACUCAGUGUGAGAGCCUGAAACUUUAGUUUAAAGUUGUAAAAUCUUAAACGUAACGAGUGCUGUCACCUUUACUCGCCAUCAUUCAGAAAUGAAUCUAGACAGGAUCUACAUGGACUACAAUGCCACGACGCCACUGGAACCAGAAGUGAUCAAGACCAUCUCUGAAGCCCUGCAAGAUGCCUGGGGAAACCCGAGUAGCAAUUACAUAGCAGGUGUGAAAGCCAAAGCACUGAUUAAUCAGUCCAGAGAGAACGUGGCGAGAAUGGUUGGAGGUAAAGCAGAAGACAUCAUUUUCGCAUCCGGUGGAACAGAGGCCAAUAACCUGGUGCUCCACACUGCCGUAGAGCACUUCAGGAGGAGCUGCAGGGCUGCAGAGGGAGGUGAGGGGCAACAGAAUGGAAGCGACAGCCUUCCUCACAUUAUCACCUCUAAUGUGGAGCAUGACUCGGUCAAACUAGUCGCUGAGCAGCUACAGAAAGAUGGCAAAGCAGAUGUGACAUUCGUGUCGGUGUCUAAGGUGACGGCUCGUGUGGAGGUGGAGGACGUCAUCGCUGCGGUGCGUCCCAACACUUGUCUCGUCUCUGUCAUGCUGGCCAACAAUGAAACAGGAGUCAUCAUGCCGGUCCAAGAGAUCUGUCAGAGGAUAAAGUCUCUCAACAAGCAGCGCGAGCGGCUCAGGAUCCUGCUCCACACUGAUGCUGCCCAGGCUCUGGGGAAAAUCCGCGUAGAUGCCUGUGAGCUGGGAGUGGAUUACCUCACCAUAGUGGGGCACAAGUUCUAUGCCCCUCGGAUUGGUGCUUUGUAUGUGAACGGCCCUGGGACGGGAACACCAUUGUAUCCGAUGCUGUUUGGAGGAGGACAGGAGAGAAACUUCAGGCCGGGCACAGAAAACACACCAAUGAUUGCUGGUUUAGGGAAGGCUGCAGAGCUGGUGACCUCUAACCUGUCAGAUUAUGAGAGUCACAUGCGAAGCACCAAACUUCACUUGGAAGAACGACUGAAGGUCGUCUUUAAAGACAAGAUUCACUUCAACAGCCAUUACCCAGGCUCCGAUAUCCUCCCCAACACAUGUAAUGUGUCCAUCCUUGGCCCUACAUUACAAGGCUGGAGGGUAUUGUCCAACUGUACGAGGCUGCUGGCCAGUGUUGGCGCCGCUUGCCACUCAGACAGUGGAAACAGGCCUUCCCAUAUCCUCCUGAGCUGCGGCGUUCCCUCCAAGGUGGCAGCGAACGCCCUGAGGCUGAGCGUGGGCAGAGGGACGACCAAAGCAGACGUGGACGCAGUCGUGGAGGACCUGAGGGAAGCUGUGAAACGGUUGGAAGAAAUGGACUGAUGGCACAAACAUGUUACCCUGAAGGUCAAAUAAGGAUGUAGAGAAUUAAAAAUACAUCAUGUGGUUAUUGUUACAUUAACCGAUCGUGGAAAGUGGAUGAAAUAUUUCAUAUAAAUAAUAAAAGGGAAGAACUUGAA